UUACUGCUCUGGAAGGGGAAGAAGUGCCGGUGUCGGUGCCCAAACAGCUCACUGUCUACCCAAGGGAGCGCCCUGGCCAGAUGGCUAAGAGCUAGCAAGGCAUAUUCAAGACCAUGAUGGCUCAGUUUCCCACAGCCAUGAAUGGAGGCCCAAACAUAUGGGCCAUCACCUCUGAAGAGCGGGCCAAGCAUGACAAGCAGUUUGAUAGCCUUAAACCCACGGGAGGCUACAUUACAGGUGAUCAAGCACGUACCUUUUUUCUGCAGUCAGGUCUACCAGCUUCAAUCCUUGCUGAAAUAUGGACACUAUCAGACCUGAACAAGGAUGGAAAAAUGGAUCAACAGGAGUUCUCUAUAGCCAUGAAACUCAUCAAGCUGAAAUUGCAAGGACAGCAUUUGCCUGCGGUUCUCCCUCCUGUCAUGAAACAAACUCCAGUAUUUUCACCGCUAAUGUCAGCUCGCUUUGGGAUGGGUAGUAUGCCAAAUCUGUCCAUGCCAACGUCUAUGUCUACGAUCACACCAUUAGCUCCCAUGUCUCUGACCUCCGUGACUUCCAUCCCUCCUUUGGUUAUCGCUGCUCCCCUGGUGCCUUCUGUCAGUACCUCCUCAUUGCCAAAUGGAACAUCCAGCCUUCUGCAGCCUUUGUCCGUACCUUUCUCUUCAACGCUGCCUCAUACUGGUUCUAUAGGUCCCAUGGCAGGAGGGUUUGGUGGUGCUAGUAUACAGAAGGCACAGUCACUAAUCGAUUUAGGAUCUAGCAGUUCAAAUUCUUCCUCUAGUGCUUCACUAGCUGGGAACUCACCAAAGAUUGCAUCCUCAGACUGGGCAGUUCCUCAGGCCUCCAGAUUAAAAUACAGACAGAAAUUUAACAGUCUUGAUAAAAGUAUGAGUGGAUAUUUAUCAGGAUUUCAAGCAAGGAAUGCCCUUCUGCAAUCAAACCUUUCACAGACUCAGUUGGCUACUAUUUGGUCAUUAGCUGAUAUUGAUGGAGACGGACAGCUGAAAGCCGAUGAGUUUGUGUUAGCCAUGCACCUAACUGAUAUGGCCAAAGCCGGACAACCUCUGCCACUAACUCUGCCUCUUGAACUGGUCCCACCUUCCUUCAGGAGUGGAAAAUAUACUGAAAAUAUAAAUGGAACUCUGCCAUCUUACCAGCCUAUGCAAGAGGAGGAGCCACAGAAAAAACAGCCAGUGACAUUUGAGGACAAAAGGAAAGCAAACUAUGAGAGGGGAAAUAUGGAGCUGGAAAAACGCCGUCAGGUCCUGUUGGAGCAGCAGCAGAGAGAGGCUGAACGUAAGGCUCAGAAAGAAAGAGAAGAACAAGAGCGAAGAGAGAGGGAACGCCAGGAACAGGAACGGAAAAAACAACUCGAAAUGGAAAGGCAGCUGGAGAGACAGCGAGAGUUGGAAAGACAAAGGGAAGAAGAAAGGAGGAAAGAAAUAGAAAGGCGGGAGGCAGCAAAGCAAGAACUUGAGCGCCAGCGACGAUUGGAAUGGGAGAGAAUUCGUCGCCAAGAACUUCUUAAUCAACGUAACAGGGAACAAGAAGAAAUUGUCAAGUUGACCUCUAAAAAGAAGAGCCUUAAUCUUGAAUUAGAAGCCCUGACGGACAAACAUCAGCAAAUCUCAGGCAGAUUGCAAGAUGUUCGAAGCAAAAAGCAAAUUCGAAAAACUGAGCUGGAGGUUUUAGAUAAGAAAUAUGACCAAGGAAUCAUGGAAGUUAAGCAACUACAACAACAGCUUCAGGAGUAUCAGAAUAAACUAAUCUAUUUAGUUCCUGAAAAGCAAUUGUUAAGUGAAAGAAUUAAAAACGCUCAACUUGAAAACACUCAGAGUACAGGAAUCGGUUCAGUGCACAAAAAGUCCCUAGAAAAGGAAGAAUUAUGCCAAAGACUUAAGGAACAACUAGAUGCCCUUGAGAAAGAAACUGCUUCUAAACUUGCUGAAAUGGCUGCAUUUAACAGUCAGCUUAAGUGUGAGAAUAUGGAUGAUUCUGUUCUUCAGUGCCUUUUGUCUCUGCUAAGCUGUCUCAACCACCUCUUCCUCUUACUUAAGGACUUGAGAGAAAGUUACAGUACACAGCAGUUAGCCUUGGAGCAGCUCCACAGGAUCAAACAGGACAAAAUAAGAGAGGUAGAAAAAAGAAGAACUGAACUUGCACAGAAAAAGCGACUGGAAGAUGAGGCUGCAAGAAAAGCAAAACGGGAGAAAGAGAACCGGUGGCAGGAAAAUAUCCGAAGGGAAGAGGAAGAGAAAAAGAAGCGAUUGGAGGAAGAACGAAUGCAGGAAAAAGUUCAAGAAAAGCUGAAAGCUGAAGAAGCAGUUGCUCUGAUGAGAGAAAGGGAAAAUAAACAACAGCUUUGUUCAGAGGAGGAGAAAAAUAGGCAAGCCACGAUCUUGAGGGAAACAGAACAACAAAGGCAGAGGCAACUGGAAGAAGAUAAAAGAAAGCAAGAACAAAUUGCAAAAGAAGCUGAGGAGAGGCGUAAGCAGAACGAAGAAAUAAAGAAGGUAAAAGAAGCGACCAACUCUCAAGAGGUGGAGAAACGCACUUCUAAAUUAAACACAAAUGAGAAGUUUGCAGAUCUGUUGAAACCAACAGAAGGUAAAAGUCUUAAGCCACCCUGGAAAAAUGAAGGCAAUGCAGUUAGCGUCUCAGAGUCUAGGAAUUCAGUUGCCUUGGUAAAUUACAGAGCUUUAUAUCCGUUUGAAGCAAGGAAUCACGAUGAGAUGAGCUUUAAUACUGGGGAUAUAAUUCAGGUUGAUGAAAAAACUGUGGGAGAGCCUGGUUGGUUAUAUGGGAGUUUUCAAGGACAUUUUGGUUGGUUUCCAUGCAAUUAUGUAGAAAAAAUACCAGAAGGAGAAAAAUCUUUAUCUCCUAAGAAGGCCUUACUUCCUCCUACAGUAUCUUUAUCUACUACCUCAGCUGCUUCAGAACCACUUUCACCGAGUAAAUCCACAGAAGAAUCUGAUUACCAAAACAUACCUUUUUCUAGCCUGAAUGUUAACACAGCAUGGCAACAGAAAUCAGCUUUUACUCGCACUGUGUCCCCUGGAUCUGUUUCACCCAUUCAUGGACAGGGGCAACCUGUCGAGAACUUAAAAGCACAAGCACUUUGCUCUUGGACUGCAAAAAAAGAUAACCACUUGAAUUUUUCAAAAAAUGAUAUCAUUACUGUCCUGGAGCAGCAGGAAAACUGGUGGUUUGGAGAGGUACAUGGAGGAAGGGGUUGGUUUCCAAAAUCUUACGUCAAGCUGUUACCUGGGAGUGAAAUCAAGAAAGAGGAACCAGAAGCUAUUUAUGCAGCUGUAAACAAAAAGCCUAAUACACAGUCUUACGCAGCAGGAGAGGAGUAUGUUGCGCUCUAUUCAUAUUCAAGCUCUGAGCCCGGUGACCUGAUUUUCACGGAAGGUGAGGAAAUCCUAGUGACCCAGAAGGAAGGGGAAUGGUGGACCGGGAGCAUUGAUGGCAGAACUGGAAUCUUCCCCUCCAAUUACGUCAGACCAAAGACAGAUCAAGAAGCUUCUAGUAAUGCUGGCAAAACUGGAACAAUAAAUAAGAAACCUGAAAUUGCUCAGGUUACUACUGCCUAUGCUGCCUCAGGAACUGAACAGCUUAGUCUUGCUCCAGGACAGCUAAUACUUAUUCUGAAGAAAAAUGCUAGUGGAUGGUGGCAAGGAGAGUUGCAGGCAAGAGGGAAAAAGAGACAGAAAGGAUGGUUCCCUGCCAGCCAUGUGAAAUUACUGGGUCCGAGCAGUGAAAGAACCGCAUCUGCUGCUCCCUCAGUGUGUCAAGUGAUAGCGAUGUAUGAUUAUAUGGCAAACAAUGAAGAUGAGCUCAGUUUCUCCAAAGGGCAGCUUAUUAAUGUACUGAGCAAAGAUGAUGCUGACUGGUGGCAAGGAGAAAUCAGUGGUGUGACAGGUCUCUUCCCCUCAAACUACGUGAAGAUGACCACGGAUUCUGAUCCAAGUCAGCAGUGGUGUGCUGAUCUCCAGAGCCUUGACACUAUGCAACCCAUGGAAAGGAAAAGGCAGGGCUACAUUCACGAACUCAUUCAGACGGAAGAAAGGUAUAUGGACGAUCUUCAGCUCGUCUUAGAGGUUUUCCAAAAACCGAUGGCUGACUCGGGCUGUCUCACGGAAGGAGAGAUGGGGCUGAUCUUUGUUAACUGGAAGGAACUCAUCAUGUCAAAUACAAAGUUACUGAAAGCCUUGCGAGUGCGUAAGAAAACAGGAGGAGAAAAAAUGCCAGUGCAGAUGAUUGGGGACAUCUUAGCAGCAGAGCUCUCUCACAUGCAGGCCUACAUUCGGUUCUGCAGCUGCCAGCUUAACGGAGCUUCGUUGCUGCAGCAGAAAACUGAUGAAGAUGCUGAUUUCAAAGACUACUUAAAGAAACUUGCCUUGGACCCUCGCUGCAAAGGAAUGCCCCUCUCCAGUUUCCUCCUGAAACCUAUGCAAAGAAUAACCCGCUACCCUCUGCUCAUAAAGAGUAUUCUAGAGAACACUCCAGAAAAUCACCCCGAUCACAGUAACCUCAAGCUUGCGUUGGAGCGCGCGGAGGAGCUGUGCUCUCAAGUUAACGAAGGGGUGCGUGAGAAAGAGAACUCGGACAGGCUGGAAUGGAUACAGUCCCACGUCCAGUGCGAAGGUCUUGCUGAGCAACCGGUGUUCAACUCCUUCACAAACUGCUUGGGACCACGGAAACUCCUGCACAGUGGCAAGCUGUACAAGGCCAAGAGCAGUAAGGAGCUGUAUGGCUUCCUUUUCAAUGACUUCCUCCUGCUCACCUACAUGGUUAAACAGUUCGUCUCUUCUGGCUCCGAUAAACUGUUCAGCCCCAAAUGCAACUCCCAGUUCAAAAUGUACAAAAUGCCUGUUUUCCUUAAUGAAGUCCUAGUGAAAUUGCCCACAGAUCCUUCAAGUGAUGAGCCAGUUUUCCACAUAUCACACAUUGACAGAGUUUACACGCUUAAAACUGACAACAUUAAUGAGCGCACUGCCUGGGUCCAGAAAAUCAAAGCAGCAUCAGAGCAGUACAUCGAAACUGAGAAGAAGAAACGUGAAAAGGCUUAUCAAGCUCGCUCACAGAAGACCUCAGGAAUAGGACGCUUGAUGGUGCACGUGAUUGAAGCAACAGAGCUCAAGGCCUGUAAGCCCAAUGGGAAGAGCAACCCCUAUUGUGAAAUCAGCAUGGGCUCUCAGAGCUACACUACGAGGACCCUGCAGGACACCUUGAACCCCAAGUGGAACUUCAACUGCCAGUUUUUCGUUAAGGAUCUGCAUCAGGAUGUCCUGUGUAUCACCAUGUUUGACAGAGAUCAAUUUUCACCCGAUGAUUUUUUGGGUCGCACUGAAGUUCCAGUAGCAAAAAUCAGAACAGAACAAGAAAGCAAAGGCCCCACGACUAAACACUUACUGCUGCAUGAAGUUCCAACAGGCGAAGUCUGGGUCCGUUUUGACCUGCAGCUCUUCGAUCAGAAAACACUCCUCUAAGAAAACUUUUUUAAUUUAUGAAGGACGACUGAAGCUGACAGCUUGAACAUUUUUUUUGGUAAAAGAUCCCUUGCCCCACGCUGGUUAUUAAGCAAGAGUUCCUGCUGCUUCUGUAUUUCCCCUUAGUUACUGGUUGCGUUUAGUUCCUUGCAGCGUUCAAAGUUGUUGAUCUAUGCAAACAGAAAUGUUACUGUAUAUAGAGUACUAUAGCUCAGUGCCUUUUUAUUAUGUUGGAAUAUUUUGGGUUUGAUGCCAAUGUUUCCAUUUUCAGGACCAUAAAAAGUAUUAAGCAGAAAUACGGCAUCAAGAUGUAUGUAUAUUUUACCACUCAGUCUCACAUAUAGACUGAGGAAUGGUUUAGCUCAGCACUAGAAUCAUUCCAUUUGAAAUCUGAAAAGUGAUAUCCACUGGAAUCUUCCCGUCUCAGGAUGAUAGUUCUAAAGAUUAAAUGCUGAAGAAGCCUUAGCACUGGAGAAGUCUCCGAUAUAUUGUAUAUUCUUUAAGAAUCAAGUGUAGUUCUUUACUUGACUUAGUUCUGCACUGAAAUCAGUAACUGCUACUUGAUUUUUCUUUCCGCUUCAGUUUGAUUCAUCAUUCUCUGCUGAGACAAUGUGGUUGUGAAGAAUAACUAGAAAAAUAUUUUAAAUACUGUGACCCACAAUAAUGUGGAAAAAUACUCUUCAGCUUUUGGUUUUUUUCCUAAAUGUAAGUUAUUUGUGUACAUUUCCUUGGUCUUGCAGACCUCCAUGUGAAUCUUGAAGCUUUGACAUUGCCAACAUGUAUAUAUAGAGAGAAAAAUAUAAGUUUAUUAAUGUAAUUUGUCUACAGAUGUUUAUUGAUGCAUAGUGAUUUUUAAAAAGUAUAUUUUAUUGUACAGGGGAAUGUGAAAUAAUGAGAAAAACUUAUAGGAUUAAAUUCAAGAAAAGUUUAUUACAAGUUUAAAAGGUUUGCUUGGGGGGGAACUGCCACCCCAACACGAACCUGUAAAAUGAGAUUGGUUGAAAGCAAAAACUUGCUCUUGGCACCAAAAUCAGGGAUGGUUAAAAAAAACAAAGUUUGUUUAUAAAGGGUUUGAUAAGUUGUAACCAUUUUACUGCCGCCUUAAACUGCUUUGUUGAAAAAGCACAGCAUGCAAUUCCGAGCAGCACGUGCCCUUGUUUUCCCUGGGUGCAGCAAUACCUCCUGAUGUCUGACAGUUUCACACUCGAUUGCCAUCUGUGUACCCUCCUGUUACAGGGCUGAGUCAACCUCUGUUACUUUUAACAGUUUUCUGUGGUUCAGUAUUUCUAAUCCUAAAUAAAACUAAAUCUUGGC